AUGUGCGAGGCCGAACCUCUCGUCAGCAAGAACAGCGCUGAAACCGUGGAUGCCUUCUACAAGCUACUUGAUGAACGGAAACGUUUUGCAGCGUCGCGAUCGGUCGCAACUACACCCAAAUGGCCAGCAGCCCGCAAUGAUCACUACUGUGACCAAGAGGUGUGUCGACACGAUGUCAUUGACUUGUCCUCCAUGUGUGAGCCAUCCGAUAGCGAUAGCGACUGGCAGCCAUACAUCACGGGUGACAAGAAAUUCCCCAUCAUCGGAUACGAAUCUCCAUCGAACAGUGAAUAUUCCCCGACUGAGAGUUGCCGUCGAUACUCCUCUGAUGACGCGGAUGAGUACGUUGUUGAGAACGUCCAGAUCAGCAUCGUCCGUUUCCGUUACAACACACCACCCACAGUCUACGAUGACCAAGACCACGGAAGCCGUCGGAUGUCUGCGAUAGACCCUAAAUCAAGCAUUCGCGCCCUCCGACAAGAACUCGACAACCUACAGAUCAGCAGCGCACAGUCUUUUCUUGACCUAGAGGGGCAGUUCGACAUGCUCUCCUCAUCAUACGGUAUCCUGCGUAGGGACUACCAAGGUCUUGCCCACAAACACAACGCACUCGCACGGGUUUCAUUGAUGCAGUGUGACGAGAUAGACAAUCAGGCCAAGGUCUUGAAGGAAUUAUGCGAGUGGAAGAUGCGCACGCAAAACAGCUUCGCUGCGGUACGCGUUCAAGGGCAAGAACCGGAGGUCUUGUAUUUUGACACACCGCGUUCGACAUCCACGGCGGAGAUCGGACUGGACGAUCUGAGAGAAACUCCUCUAGUGACGGAGAGUCAGGCUGUUACAUCGACAUCGGAUGGACGAGACCACGGUGGCAGAGGGAUACCGCCCCCUCCGAUCAUGCCUCCCACGACGCCUGAACGACGUACCACACAUCCGCGCUUGAUCCUGAGGCUAUCAGCCAAGCCAGAAAGGAAGGAGGAAGUCCUGGAAUCCCCUGGUGCCUUGGUAACGGACGAGCCGCCACGCCCGAAGCGCGUCAGGAGGCCCACAAAGAAGCGCAAGGCCGGCGAGCUGGAGGUCAAGUCUUCGGCCAAGAAAGCGAGGAAGCUGAGUUGCACAUCAGUCCCGUUCUGA